AUGACUGCUGUGGCAUCACCACCUAGUGUGCAAUCGGGCCCUCGCUUGGGAUGGUUCGACUCUGGUAACGGAGGACAAGGUGCUCUGUCUUCAAUGGACGCGGAAGAAGUCUCACGGACAUUUUUGCCGCGGAGGACCGUUCAGAGAUCGAAUUCCUCCUCUUCCAUAGGAUCUACUUCAUCCACCUCGACCGCUAUUACUACGCCGCAGAAUUCGAAUGCAGGACACGUGAACAACGUUGAAUCAGCUACUUGGUCGUCAAAGAAGAAGUCUUCGCGCAACGUUUGGCCCAGUUCCAAGUCGGAGCCGGUGGCUGGGUUGAGCAACGCUCGGUCUCAAGCUAUGCCGGCUUUUUCCUCCGGUCCAGGAGCCUCCUCUGCGAUGACCGCAAUCCACCAACCAUCUUCUAUCGUCCCUUCUCAACACAUGCUCCAAGCUUCCCAGCAGAAUGGCGUCCGCGCCGGAAGCGCGCCAGCAGGCGAUCCGCCCGCCAUCCUGACCCUCUUGCCGAUUAACGGUACCUUCGACAAGAAGCAGAUCAAUGUUCCGUUCUACCCGGAUAUAUUACGCAUUGGACGCCAGACGAAUGCGAAAACCGUACCAACACCGGUGAACGGCUACUUCGAUUCCAAAGUGCUCUCCCGGCAGCACGCCGAAAUCUGGGCAGACAAGAGCGGAAAGAUCUGGAUCCGAGAUGUGAAGUCGUCGAAUGGUACCUUUGUUAAUGGACAGCGACUGUCUCCGGAAAACCGCGAAUCGGAUCCCCACGAGCUCCGCGAAAACGACACGCUAGAGCUAGGAAUAGACAUUGUCAGCGAAGACCAAAAGACAAUUGUCCACCAUAAGGUUUCAGCAAAGGUUGAACAUGCUGGGAUAUACAGCAGCAUUCCGAAUAUUCUUGAUCUCACGCUAGGCGACCUAGAUCCAGCUUCUGGAAAUGGACUCCUUCCGUCCCCCCUCAGUCAACCAAUGUCGCAUCUUCGGGGGCGGUCGGGGAGCACCAUGAGCAACCGCAGUGCUCAAAGCGCGGCUAGCAGCCAGUUCAACGCCAUGCAACAGCAGCGACAGAUGAACUAUUGGAAUUCACCUAUAUCCAUUGAACAAGUCGUCAAACGCCUUACGAGCGAAAUGAAACAGGCUAAGCAGCAGACUCAAGAGCUCCGCCAAACGGACGAGUUCCUGACGACAAUAAUGAAACCUGGAUAUAUCGAAAAGGAGAAAGCGAAACCACCACCAGCGGAUAGUAACGCUGCUCGUCCAGUCAACGGACGACCAAAAAUGCCUCGCGUCGACUCUUUCUCCCGCUUCUCCGAGCCUCCAGCGCCCCCGCCGCAGCAACCGCUGCCCGAAAAGCCGGAUGCUCUGCCGCGAAAUGGCACAGAUGCGCUCCCUCCGUUGAAGCGUCCUGAACCAGAUAAAACCAAACUUGGCACCAAUUCGCCUGUGACACGCGAAAACAGCCAGAUCUUGUCGCUCAUCGAAGCUUUGUCGUCCGCAAAGAGGGAGCUGGAUAGCCAGGGCGCCCGUGUUAAGGAGCUGGAAGCAUUACUGAUUCAGGAGCGGAAUGCGCGCGAGUCUGCGGAGGAAAAGGCCAGGAGCCUAGAAAUGCAAUCCAACCAAGCUGCUUCGGACCCUGUGUCUGGAGACGCUGAUUUAGACCGUGAGAACACGGUACAAAUCGCUUCGACAGAAGACUCACAGACUGUGAUGCCAGAAGCCGAAGCUCCAACCACAGAAAUUGUCUUGCCUGAUGCUGAAAAGGAGCCGCUACCAGAAAGCCCAACCGAUGUUUUACAACGCCGUCUGGAGACAAUGAUACAGGAGAUGGAGGAGAUGAAGAAGCAAGUCACAAUGUUCAAGGACCGGGCAGAUCUAGCGGAGAAUGAGUCUGCCGAGGCGCGGAAGUCGCUAGCAGAGAUGAUUGAAACUCUGCGGCAAGAGCGCGCGGAGCGUGCUCAGCGCGAAUCCGUGCCUGAUGCGCAAAAGAGUGCGGAUAUCCCGGAAGAUGCCCCGUCUGACAUGCCCAAGACUGCCGACGAGCAGGCAAGCGUUUGCGCCGAGCAACCGCAGCUCUCAGCCACGUCCCCUACCAAAGGCAUGGACAACGCGACAACCUUCGCGAAGCAAUCCCACCGGCAUGACGUCUUGGAACAGUCCAGUCCAUUUGCGUCGAUGCUGGGGGUUGUGCUUCUAGGCGUUGGGUUGAUGGCCUACCUGAAUGGGUGGCAGAAGAUGGACAAAUAA